UAUUGACCUUUUCAACUACAGCAUGUGUGCAAAUAAUCCACAGUGUCAUGAUUUGAAUAUCUGCUUUACAGCUAUAGCCAUCCAGGCGUGGUGGAGGGGCAUCCUGGCCAGGAGGAGAGCCAAACGCAGACGAGACGCUGCUGACACUAUCCGCAGGUUCAUCAAGGGCUUCAUUUACCGCCACAAGGAACGCUGCCCAGAGAACGAGUAUUUCCUGGAUUAUGUUCGCUACUCGUUCCUCAUGAACCUGCACAGGAACCUGCCCAAGAACGUCCUGGACAAGAGCUGGCCGACCCCUCCCGCUGCUCUCACUGAGGCGUCGGAGCAUCUGCGUAAGCUGUGCAUGAACAACAUGGUGUGGAGCUACUGCAAGAAGAUCGACCUCGAGUGGAAACACCAGAUGGAGCAGAAAAUGAUCGCCAGUGAGGUGUUUAAGGACAAGAAGGACAACUACCCACAGAGCGUGCCCAAACUCUUCGUCAGGACAAGACUCAAUGGAGAGGACAUUAACACCAAGGUGCUGCAGGCUCUAGGCAGUGAGAAGAUGAAGUAUGCAGUGCCCGUUACCAAGUACGACAGAAAGGGCUACAAGCCGCGGCGCCGCCAGCUGCUGCUCACCAGUAACAGCGCCAUCAUCGUAGAGGAAGGGAAACUCAAGCAGCGCAUAAACUACGACACUCUCAAAGGUAUUUCCGUCAGCUCCCUCAGUGACGGCCUGUUCGUUCUGCACGUGCCCGGUGAUGACAACAAACAGAAGGGAGAUGUCAUUCUGGAGAGUGAACACGUGAUCGAGACCCUGACCAAGAUCAUCAUCUGUGCCGACAAGUUCAACAGCAUCAACAUCAACCAGGGCAGUAUAACAUUUACAGUGAGUCAAGGUAAAGAGGGGAUAAUAGACUUCACACCUGGAUCAGAGCUACUAGUGACAAAGGCCAAGAAUGGACACCUGUCAGUGACGGCUCCCAGGCUGAACUCCAGAUGAUGGCCGCUCUGAUACACACGCCUGGACCCAUGUACCCCUGACCACGCCCAUCCUCCAGUCACAUGACCGCAGGCUCCCCUCUGCCUAAGCCAAUCAGACGUUAGCUGUCAUUACCUGUGGCAUGUGCUUCCAAUGAAAAUGAAUCCAGCAAAACUAAUUGAGAUAUUUAUAUAUAUAUAUAUAUAUAUAUAUAUAUAUAUAUAUAUAUAUAUAUAUAUAUAUAUAUAUAUAUAUAUAUGAAAUUAAUAAUGUUUGAAUUUUCAGAUUUUAUAGAUGAGGCCAAGGAAUAACAAGUAAUUUGGUGCUUUUUUUUUUUUUUUUAAACCAUGCGUGUUUAUUUGCAAACAUGACCAAGAAAAUAAUUAGGGAAGAGUCCAAAUAUGAAACAAAAAGAAGAUUGGGAUUGUUGAAAGUUGGGGCUACUAAGUUUAGUUUCCUGUUGCCUCUUUAUGCUACUUGACUAAAAGGCUGGAUUGUCUCUAACUGGGUUCUUAAAGCAUGAAGGCGUGUAGAACAAGGUCAACAGUAUGAGAUAGGCGCUGAGAGGUUUAGGGAUAAGAAGAAUAAACUGAAUCAGACGGUGAUGCUUGGUACAGAACUGCAAGUGGUAUCUUACUUAAUCGAAAUAGAUAAAAUGCUACUGAAUAUAUUACAAGAAUCCUAUUAUGGGCCUGUACUGUAAAUACUGCAAAAAUGAACACAGUAAGUGAGAGCGAUUUGAGGUAGAGGUGAAGAGAGAGGGCAGUCGUUCGCCUUCACGCCAGGCGCUUGUGCCUUUCUCCUUGGCUAAUUUAUUCCUGAAGAGUGAGUUCAACAGAUGUACAUAUGUGAACCAUGACACUCGACACCAGAAUGAGUCGAGUUAAGACAGGAGGCGGUCCACUGGUCUUGUUCAGAACCAAGUAACCUGUUGUCACUCUGUUCCUCCACACGCCUCCAGUACCUGAGCAGCCUCCUAUUUCAGAUGACGACAGGGAGUUCUGUCCAAAGGGGAGACAACCGCGCAGACAGUUUGGGUUUUGUGCACAUUGAACCAUCAGAUUUUCUCUGUUAUUGUGUUAUUUAGACUUAACAGAUGCAGGUUCUAAUGUUUGGUUGCCACAGACAAACUAGUUUCCUGCUUUGAUGCUAGUCCAACUAACGUCUGUUGCCUGUGCUUGUUUGCAGACAUGUGUGAAAGCUGUAUCAGUCUUCUCACUAUUCCUUCUCGCCUUUUUAUCAUGUCUCUAUCGCACCAACUAAUGUUGAAAUCACCCGUUUCCACAAUAUGAUGUGACUCUAUGUCUGAUAGGAUUUCCUAUCCCUGACCUUUGACCCAUAGCUGUCCUUUAGCUGAAACCAAAGACUGAAGGUAAAAACGGUAACUACAUUUUUUGGGGGGGCUCCAAAAUGUUUUUCGAUGGUUUUUUUGCAUUUCCACCAUUUUUCUUAGUGACAGAACCUCUUCUGUGGGUGGCGAGGUGGGUGCAAUAUGCCAAGGCAGAACUGUGCUACUGCACUACAGCUACACUAGCCAAAGAUUUAGAGUGAUGCUGUGUUGUAUGAUCUAAUGUCAUUUUUGAUUUAAUUUUUUUCAGGACAGAGAUGUGUAUGUACAGUUUGUCCUGUGUUAUAAACGACGGCUUCAGACCAAGUCAUGUUUGAAACAUCUGGGGAGAUGAAGCUUUUUGUUUCGCUCGCUCCUGUGCCUUGUUGGAUAGCAAUACAACUGGUUUACUGUAUGUGGACAUGGGAGACAUGUCUGGUCCUGAGCAGGUGUAUCUGAAAUGUCCCCUGCAUCACCUGAAAUAUUCCUUCUCUAGUUAAACCAGAUCAUGUUUGUUUGUUUGUUUGUUUGUUUGUUUGUUUGUUUGUUUGUUUGUUUGUCUCUUGAUUUUCAGACUCGCUCCUAUUAUCAAACUUGACUUACUGUAUGCAUCAAUGUAUAAUUAUGCCAACACACUAAAAAGAUACUAAAGGAUAUAAUGAAUAAAUAAAUUUGAAAAAAUACAA